AGCGAGAAAGGAGAGAGAAAGCAAAAAAAAAAAAAAAAACAGGAGAAGAAGAAAAAAAAAAAGAACUGGGAAAAGAAAGAGAGGAGAGAGAGACCCAAAAAGAUGGUCGAAGAGAGGUUUGUCCUCUGAGAUCAUCCUGAGAAGGGCAGUAAUAGAAAAAAAUCCCAGGGGAAUAAAGAGUUUCGAAAACUUGUGCAAGGUUUUAAGGCCAUAAAUCAUAUUUGUGUGUGGUUUUUUCUCUUGCUGCCUUUUGAAGUUUUGAGUCUCGAUCAAUCUUCCCCCCACCAAUCCAAACCCCCUUUAAUCUUGUCAAAUCCAAUCCAAUUCAUAUCACAUUUCUGGGUUGUUAUCAUAAUCAUCACCCACCGCAAUAGAUGAGAGUAAAAAAGAAACAGAGCUACUUCAACACCUGUUUUGCCCCCCUUCUUUAUGCUCUGCCCUGAUAAAUUUUGGGCGAAAAAUACAAUCUGCUAGAGCCUGGGAACAGGGCUAUGCGUGCGUUGAAGAACAGGGUAUUGUAACCUCGACUCAAUGAGUUAUCAUGAGGGACCUUGAUAUGGUUCUGGGUUUGCGUUUGUAUGUAGCAUAGGUUUUGGCCUAGUUAGAAAUUGUAAGCAACGUUCCUUUUUGAGCAUAGUAGAAGGGGUGCUCGUAUCGAAAAACCUGGCGAUUUUGUAUAGGGAUUUUUGUAGCUUCUUGGCUUUCAGAGGAAAUAGUUACUAUCAUCUCCAGCAUAUCUGCAUCUGGUUCAUCAGGCAAUGGGGGCUAGAUGGAACCCUUUGGGGUUCCGCUUGCUCUCUCUCUUGGCUCUGAUAUUUGCUUCUUCUGGGAUUCCGGGUUAUUGGUCCGUUAAUGAUGAAGGAAUGACUUUGUUGGCAUUCAGAGAGAACAUAAAGUUUGAUCCUUUUAGUGCUUUGGAAAAUUGGAGUCCUGACGAUGGUGACCCUUGCCUAUGGACCGGUGUUCAAUGUGUGGACAAUAAAGUGCAAAUGCUGAAUCUGACAGAUCUUUCUUUGGAAGGAACGUUGGCACCUGCCCUUGGGAAACUUAGUCACUUAAAAUCUCUUGUGUUCUACAAGAACCAUUUAUCUGGUGAAAUUCCCAAAGAGAUUGGGGGCCUUGCAAGGCUAGAGCUUCUUGAUUUGAGGGACAAUGACUUGAGUGGAACAAUUCCAGUUGAGAUAGGCAGGAUGCUGUCACUGAAACGCUUGUUGCUUGGUCACAAUAGAUUUGAAGGCAACAUUCCCCUAGAGCUAAAGAGUCUCAGCUUGGAAACUGAUGGUGAUCAUUUCACAUCUACUGGAGUCACUGGAUUUGGCUCUGUAAACAGAAAAUUUGGACACUGCACCUGGCAGAGCAAUUUAAAACAUUGGAAUAAUGCAAAUUCCUUAGCAUUUAUGCUUAAAGGAACUUUUAUGCAUUAUCUCAACUACUUGCGACUGCCACGGCCCAGUAUCAUACAGGACUCUCUGCAUGUCCAUGGAGACACUUGCUGUGAUAAUUUAUCUAGUUCAUUUGAGUCACACAUGAGCUUUGCCCGCCGUAGGCUGCUUGCACAAGCCUCCCUUAACCUCCCAGCUGUACCCUUUGGUGGUGCGAAGCCAGCUAUACAGAUCAUUGCUCUUCCAACCAGCCGAAGUAGUGGCGCCUUCCCAGCUGUACUAGAUGCAAAAAAGAAGCCUCCUGCACCUGCACCAGUGCCUUCAUCUCCUCAGCCUGCACCACCGAAUACUCAACAACAAUCUUCCCCAAAAUCAAGCAGCAAUAUGUGGAAGUAUAUCGUUAUUGGUAUUAGUGUGGCUGUGUUGCUCAUGGUUCUUCUCGUGAUGCUCUUCAUGUGUCGAAGCCAAGCAGUUAAAACCAUAAAACCUUGGAAGACUGGAAUAAGUGGACAGUUGCAGAAAGCAUUUGUAACAGGAGUUCCCAAGUUGAACAGAUCAGAACUGGAAACCGCCUGUGAAGAUUUCAGCAAUAUUAUUAACACAAUUGAUGGCUGCAUUGUGUACAAGGGAACACUCUCCAGUGGAGUUGAGAUUGCUGUUGCAUCAACCACACUGACUUCUUUGAAAGACUGGUCCAAGAAUGCAGAGAAGGCUUACCGGAAAAAGAUCGAUGUAUUAUCACGAGUGAAUCACAAGAACUUUGUCAAUCUCAUUGGAUACUGUGAGGAGGAUGAACAUUUUACAAGGAUGAUGGUGUUUGAGUAUGCUCCAAAUGGAAACCUCUACGAACAUCUGCACGUUGAAGAAAUGGAACACCUUGACUGGACCGCAAGGGUUAGGAUCAUAAUGGGAACAGCUUACUGUCUUCAGUAUAUGCACCAUGAUCUAAAUCCACCCGUAUCACAUCCCAACUUAGUUUCAUCUUCUAUCUUAUUAACGGAUGAUUAUGCUGCAAAGAUUGCAGAGUUAUGUUUCUGGGCAGCAACACUGCCGAAGUCAAAGAAGGACUCUGAUGAGGACGAUAAAGAGCAUUCUGAACUACCACCCCUUGCUGAUCCAGAAACAAAUGUCUACAGUUUCGGACUAUUGUUAAUCGAGACCAUCAGUGGAAAGCGCCAUAACUCAGAAGUAGGGUGCCUUGUGGACUGGGCCUCUGCUUAUCUCAAUGAACAAAGAAGUAGCCUGGUUGAUCCAAGCCUCAAAUCCUUUAAAAACGACGAGUUGGAUGUCAUCUGUGAGGUGAUCAAAGAGUGCACUCAACAAGAUCCAAGAAAAAGACCAGCAAUGAUUGAUGUCACUGAGAAACUGAGGCAAGUGAUUCCCAUCACUCCAAACCAAGCAGUCCCAAGACUUUCACCACUCUGGUGGGCUGAGCUUGAGAUCUUAUCAGUGGAAGCAACAUAAGCUCAGCCUCCUCUGAUUCUCUUCUCCGUGUUGUAAGCCAACAAAGUCUCUCUUUGUAUCAGUAAAAAUGCUGAAGAAUAUAUAGCUUUUGACAACAACUCUGUGCUCCCCCAGCAUAAAAAUCAUCCUCAAUCCCACCCCACAUACCUUCAUAUACUUGUAUUCAUAUCCCUUUUUGUCCUCCUUUUGUUUGUGUCCUUCGAGAUUCAUCUUAUUCUAUUCUUUGUGUUUAAUCAAAAGUCCCAUUGUUUUACUGGAGGAGCGCUGUUGUCCUAAUUUAGUUUAUACAACAUAUGUAUGUAUCUUUGUGUGAUCAAAAGCUUGGAUGUAAAACUAACAUGGCGCUGGCGCUGGGAUAUGAUUAUUAAUUUUAAUUA